AAUAAUAGCAACACGUUAAAUAAUUCUAUAACCACAAAUUUAUUAACACAAACGUUACCAUCGAAAACAACACCAACAAUCAUCAAAGCAAUUGACGAAGAAAAUAUGAUUAAUAACACGUUAAAACCUCCAUCACUUGAUAUCCAACCAGCAUUUUAUUCUUCUCAUCAACCACAACAACAAAAUGGCACAAAUCUAAAAUCGCCUUAUCCAGUAGGUGAAACGAAUAAAGAUGCUCAACAUCGGUGGAAUGACCAAACAGUAAACACUGAUCCGAACAAAGGUAUGAAAGCAUUUGCUGCAGCAGCAUUUCUAAACAAUAUGCUUGCUAUGCAACAAUGGUAUCCACAAAUGGCAGCGGCAGCUGUCUUGCAGCAACAAGCGGUUUUACAACAAUCGGAAAAAAAUAAUAAAUUAAAUAUAAAUAACAACGGUAACGAUCAUAUGAGUCAUAAAUCAAAACAUCAACAACCAUUAUCGAUCAAUGAUCCAUUGGAUUCAAGUGGAAAGAAAACACGACCAAAUACACCUAAUCGCUCGAAUGGUAAUAAUAAUAAAACAAGUCGUCCACCAUCUCACGGUAAUCAUAUUGAUUCAUCAAAUAAUUUAAAAACGUCCGCUACGCGUAAUAUUCUUGAUGGAAGACGAGCACAUAUACCACCCACAACAAAUAUCAGUUCAUCGCCAACACCAUCAUUCACAUCGUCAAACUCUUCAAAAAGGCCGGAUCCACGAUCAUCCAAUCAUCACGAUUUACCAAAUCCUGUGAAUAUUGGUUCAACUAGUUUUCAAUCGUCUAUUAAUAAUGAUCCUAAUACAAAACAUUUACCACCUCCAUCUUUUCCACAAGCAGUUCUUGCCGACUUUCAAUCAGCUAUAUUCGAAGAUUUUUUCAAUUCAUAUGGUCGUGAACAAACGUCGUUAAAAAAUUCACCCAAUGAAAAUAUUCUUAAUCCAACAACAAAAACGUCAACAACUUCGAAAACAAAUCUCGGUGUUUCAACAACAGCAACAAUUUUAGAUUAUUCCCGUUCAUCUAAGACUCAACCACCACAACCAUCCCAACAUGGUUUUCCUACUGGACAAAAUUUUUUAUAA